CCAAGCUAGGUGGCCUUGGAAUGGACAGCAAAAGGCAGCGAUGAUAGCUGCAGCCUCCCUUUGUGCAGCACACACUGCACUGCAGCAUUGCAGCAAUCCUCCUCUCCAAAAGCAGGACACACCAUCACUAGGGUAGUAGACCACCAGCACACCGAGCCUCCCUCAAAAGCAAGCACUGCAUGCUUUCAACAUAAGCCUAGCCUCUAGCCAUCCAUCUAGCUCGAUCACCACAGUUCUUAGCCGAAGAGAAAGAAAGUUAAUUAGAGAGUUCAUAUAUAGCUGAAGUAAUCAAGAACCAAGAAGAGGAGAGGAAGGUGAUCGAGGAGGAAGGAAAGGAUGGUAGCGGAGGAGGAGGUGGUGGUGGUGUGGGAGGGGGAGAAGGAGGGGGAGAUCGACUACGUGUUCAAGGUGGUGGUGGUGGGGGACUCGGCGGUGGGGAAGACGCAGCUGCUGGGGAGGUUCACCAAGGACGAGUUCUUCCUCGACUCCAAGUCCACCAUCGGCGUCGAGUUCCAGACCCGCACCCUCUCCCUCCACCGCAAGCGCGUCAAGGCCCAGAUCUGGGACACCGCCGGCCAAGAACGGUACAGGGCGGUGACGAGCGCGUACUACCGCGGCGCGCUGGGCGCCAUGGUGGUGUACGACAUCACGCGGCGGCGGACGUUCGAGAACGUGGCGCGGUGGGUGGAGGAGCUCCGGGCGCACGCCGAUGGCUCCACCGUGGUGGCGCUGAUCGGGAACAAGGCCGACAUGCCGGCGGGCCGGCGCGAGGUCGCCGCCGACGAGGCCGCGCGGUUCGCGGAGGAGCAGGGGCUCUUCUUCUCCGAGGCGUCCGCGCUGUCGGGCGACAACGUGGACCGCGCCUUCCUCACGCUGCUCGAGGAGAUCUUCGCCGUCGUGUCGCGCAGGGCGCUGGAGCUCGACGAGGCACGGCGGAUGCGCGACGGCGGCGCCGGCGGCGGCGAGGUGCUGUCGCUGAAGGGGACCACGCUGGACGUCGGCUCCAUCAUGGAGACCAGCGCCAUGAAGAAGAGCUCGCAGUGCUCCUGCUCGUGAGCGACACACAGAGACUGGAUGUUCGCUCGUGUAAUGUUUUUGUUUCGACAUAUCGAUUAUUACACAUUCACAUCAUUUCACCUCGCGUUCUUGUCAAUUAUAGAGAAGGAUUAGGCAUGUAAAACAUUGUAAAUUUGGUGAUUGACAAGAAAUGGUUUAGAUUCUUCA